AUGGCGGCUGUGGCUGUGCUGGGUCUGGCGAGAACGGCGCUUCACCGCAAUGGCGCGAGGCUGGUGCAAGCGGCAGUGAUGACAACGGCCCAACGGUCGGUGGCGCAUUUCACCUUCGUGCCGGAGCCUGAGCCCGCUCAGUACGGUCCAACUCAGAAGAUGAACCUUUUUCAAUCAAUUACAAGUGCCUUGGACAAUGUUUUGGCAAAAGAUCCAACUGCAGUGAUUUUUGGAGAAGACGUUGCCUUUGGUGGAGUUUUUCGGUGUACAGUUGGACUCAGGGAUAAAUAUGGAAAAGAACGUGUGUUCAACACUCCUCUCUGUGAGCAAGGCAUUGUGGGAUUUGGAAUUGGUGUAGCCGUUACAGGAGCCACAGCCAUUGCAGAAAUACAAUUUGCAGACUACAUCUUUCCGGCUUUUGACCAGAUUGUUAAUGAAGCUGCUAAGUAUCGCUAUCGCUCUGGCAACUUAUUUGCCUGUGGAAGUUUAACAAUUCGAGCACCUUGGGGCUGUGUUGGUCACGGAUCACUCUAUCAUUCACAGAGUCCUGAGGCUUUCUUUUCCCAUAUUCCUGGAGUUAAGGUGGUUAUUCCGAGAAGUCCUAUCCAAGCCAAGGGAUUAUUAAUAUCAUGCAUCGAAGACAAAAAUCCAUGUAUCUUCUUUGAACCUAAAAUUCUGUAUAGAGCUGCUGUGGAGCAAGUUCCUGUAGAAGCUUAUCAAGUCCCUCUUUCACAAGCAGAGGUUCUCGAGGAGGGAAAUGAUGUCACACUUGUUGCCUGGGGCACUCAGGUUCAUGUGAUGAGAGAGGUGGCCAGCAUGGCUCAGGAGAAGUUGGGAGUCUCAUGUGAAGUGAUUGACUUGAGAACUAUUUUACCUUGGGAUGUUGAGACUAUAUGCAAGUCUGUGGCAAAAACUGGAAGGUUGCUGAUUAGCCAUGAAGCUCCAAUAACAGGGGGAUUUGCUGCAGAGAUCAGUUCCACUGUUCAGGAAGAAUGCUUUCUUAAUCUGGAGGCACCGAUCAGUAGAGUCUGUGGAUAUGACACACCUUUCCCGCACAUCUUUGAACCCUUCUACAUACCAGAUAAAUGGAAGUGCUUUGAUGCUGUGCGGAAAAUGAUAAAUUAUUAAGUGUAACGGAGAUUAAAGACUGGAAAGGGCUUUUCAGAGGCCUGUCACAUUUUCUCCAAACCAAUUCUCAAAACCCAAAAGUUGAGCUCUCUGGGACAGCAGAGACGAUCCAAAAUGUGUCACAGUUGCAGCCUUCCUGUAUCCUAUACUUUUCUAUUUAAUCUAAAAGGGCAGAGGUUGAAUAUUAGACUAAGAUUGUAUCAAGGCAACAAAAUGUUUUCAUCCUACUUAUACAAUUAUUUAUCUGUAUUUCACAUUACAGUAUCGGUAUUGAGUCUUCAAAAUUGACGGUAGUUUUCACAUAAAAGGUGUACAUCCAAUAUAUAUUAAUAGCCUUUCCAAUAUUGUAGCAAUGAAAGUGAUUUUUAUUGCACGUACACAAAUAAAAAAAAACUUACAUUGUU